GUGGUAUUUAACACCAAGCAGACUACACAGAGCAUACCCCUCAGUGCUGGCUACCUGUUGGAGGUGUUGCGCAACAGACGGACAUAUAACCCACAUCUGGUGGGAAUGCCCAACCAUACAACCCAUAUGGGCAAAUUUAGAGAGACUACUCCAGACCCUAAAGGUGGAGAAUAUUCCCAGAACGCCAGCCAUAUAUCUCUUUCUCCUAUUUCCCAAGGGUAUUACCAGGGCAGCCAGACAAAUAACGGCCAUGACACUACUAGCAGCCAGGAACCUAUUGGCCCAGGGGUGGAAACAGGAAACAUGUACUACAUUCAUUUAACUCAAAACCAAGGUCCACCAAUACUACUCGUAUGA